AUGUUCAACCUUAUUCCAGUAACGCAUCCCACAGCAGACACCAAGCAUCCCUUGCUGCUACUACAAUCAGAUCAAGGUGAAAAAUAUUUUUUUGGGAAGAUCCCAGAAGGAUCCCAAAGAGUAUUAACAGAGAAUAAAGUCAAGAUCUCAAAAUUGGAGAACAUAUUCAUCACAGGUGAACUAGAUUGGUCCAGUGUUGGUGGUCUUCCAGGAAUGAUUCUUACCAUUGCCGAUCAGGGAAAGUCAACACUUUCCCUAAAUUACGGGAACAAACUCAUUGAUUAUGUGGUAUCCACUUGGAGGUACUUUGUUUUUAGAUUUGGUAUUGACUUGAAGACAAAGGUCCUUACUAAUGGCAUGAGUUUCAAAGAUAAAUUACUUAGUGUCAACUCCAUCGUCAUUUCUGCUCAAGAUGAUGUCGAUACAAGUAAUAUUUUUUCCAAGACAGGUAUUUCUGCAUUGAAUUCCAUUAUCUCUAAUAUGUUCCCAAAAUUAAGUCCGACCACCAGGUACGAUCCUUCAUCUGAUCCACAUUUAAAUUUGGAACUACCUAGAGAUUUCCAGAGACCUCAAUUAAAAUCAUCAACUUCUUAUGAAAUUAAUUUUAACCCUAUAAGAGGGAAGUUUAAAUUAGAUGAAGCAGUUCGUCUGGGGGUGCCCAAGGGGCCAUUGUUUGCCAAACUAACUAAAGGUGAAUCAAUCACCUUAGAAAAUGGUAACAUUGUAACACCAGAGGAUGUCCUAGAGAAGGAACGACAGUUUGCAAAAGUGUUGAUACUUGACAUUCCUUCAGAUAUUUAUCUUGACGCAUUUACUAAGAGAUUCGAAGCAUAUGAUUGUAACAAUUUGGGAGCUGUUUAUUACUUCCUUGGUAGUGAUGUUAAUAUCAAUAGCGAUUUAAUCAAGUUCAUGGAAUUGUUUGGUAAUGGCCAAGUUCAACAUUUCGUUUCUCAUCCUAAUUUGUCACCAAAUACAUUAGUGUUUCUAGGUGCUACAUUGACAACUUUGAAACUAAAGGCUUUACAAGUUGGCAACUACAAUAUUCCAAGAAUAGAUAAUAUCUUAUCAAAAGACUUUUAUGACUGCUUUAGAAAAUCGGUCCCUGAUGGAGUAUCCAUGAUACAAGCGCAAGAGGACCCCAUUGCAAGUUCACUUAAAUCUGAAAAUGUUCAUGUUUAUUCUCAAAAUAAAACAUAUGUUGUAGAUCCCUAUACGAAAACAAACGAUGAAGCUGCAAAUCAAUCAUUAAAUUGUCAGUUACAAGAUGAUUCCCAGAAGAAACUAAAUUUUUCAUUCCAAAAUGCCUUCAACAAACAUAUAAAAAAUUUAAACUUCCCCUCAGUCACAUAUGAAAAUGUCAUUGAAUCGGAACUUAACGUGAACAAUUUCAACAAUACAAGAGAAAAGCAAAGACAUGUCGAAGUUAUUACGUUGGGAACAGGAAGUGCAUUACCAUCGAAGUACAGAAACGUUUUAUCUACCCUAUUGAAGAUCCCUUACAUCGAUUCUAAUAAUAAGGUGACAAAUAGAUGUAUACUAUUUGAUGCCGGUGAAAAUACUGUCGGGACGAUAAACAGAAUGUUUUCUCAACAAGAUGUAGCAACAAUUUUCAAGGAUUUGAAAAUGAUUUAUUUGAGUCAUUUACAUGCAGACCAUCAUCUAGGGAUAAUUAGUAUUAUGAAUGAUUGGUAUAAGUACAAUAAGGAUUUCCCAGACUCAGUAUUGUAUAUUGUUACUCCAUGGCAAUAUAAUAAAUUUGUUAAUGAAUGGAUGACUCUGGAGGAUCCAGAACUCAUAUCAAGAAUCAAAUAUAUUAGUGCUGAACAUUUGGUUAAUGACUCAUUUGUUAGGAUGGAGACCAAGACGAUUUCAUUGGAUGAAUUUACAAAACUAACUGAAUCACCUUCCAAGAAGAGACGGAAAUUGGAGUUGGAUAAGACAAGUUCCUACAGAAAUGUAACAUUAAUUAGACAAAUGUACAAGGAUUUAAACAUUGCCAAUUUUCAGACGUGUAGGGCUAAGCAUUGUGAUUGGGCUUAUUCUAACUCGAUUUCGUUCUUCACUGAUAGUACCUGUAAUAAAAGUUUCAAAGUUUCAUAUUCAGGUGAUACCAGACCUAACAUCGAAAAGUUCUCUAAGGAAAUCGGAUACCGUUCCGACUUAUUGAUCCAUGAAGCUACGCUAGAUAAUGAACUGGUUGAAGAUGCCAUUAAGAAAAAACAUUGUACCAUCAACGAGGCCAUCAAUGUUGCUAAUGAAAUGGAGGUUGAAAAGCUAAUCCUAACGCAUUUUUCCCAAAGGUAUCCAAAACUUCCACAAAUGGAUAACAAUAUUACAGUAAAAGCUAAGGAAUAUUGUUUUGCAUUUGAUGGUAUGAUUGUAGAUUUUGAAAAACUAGGGGAACAACAAAACGUAUUUCCACUGUUAAAUCAAGCGUUUGCAGAAGAGAAGGAGGAAGAGAAGAAAAAUACUGACGAGGAAACUAGUAUAUAG